AUGUCCUGGCCGUUAUCUCCCUCAACAUCAACGUCUUCCCCCCUGACUUCUCUGCCAUCAUCUCCAUCUUCACGCAUAUUUCACAUAUACAAUUCAUUCCCGGUACAUUAUAAGAUAUCAGACCCGCAGAAACGGCCUCUAUACCAUGUUGACAACUCGUACUUCACUCCAGGGACGCCUGACCUAAGCCUCUACCGGGGAGAGGAUAAAAAGGGACACUUGGCUGCCGUUUGCAAAUUUGUCUUAUUCUCGACAUGCUCGAAGAUUGGAUUGAUGCCUAAACCGCAAAAGAGCUAUCACGACCGUCUUAACAAUGAUGUAUUCGAGAUCGGCCAUGUCAGCACGAAUGCCGAAGAUAUGACUUGGGAAGACCUGACAAGGGAAAGCCGUGACCAUUCAACGUAUAGAUUUGAGAUGGAGCUUCUAGUUCAAAGUAUGAAGCGAGGGCCAGAAUUUGGACGUCGUGCCUUCGUCUGGAAGAGGACUCAUUCUAUGGGAGUGGAAUCGUCGAAACCUUCCAAGCUAAGUGCGUGCAAUUAUAAGCUUGUUGACGAGGAGAGCGGAAAAAUCAUGGCUGUUAUUGCCAAUAACGGAUUGAAAAGCAUGAAUAAGAAGGGAAAGAUUGAAUUGUUUGACACAUCAGAGUAUGCAUUUGCAGGGGAACAGCUGGAUAUCAUGAUUUUGAUGACCGGGGUCGCCCUUUUAGAAAAGGAGAGGAGACGAAGAGCACAGCGCAGAUACGAUUAUUAUUAA